AUGGCCCGAGGUCGUAACAACAAGAAGCCUUCGAGCAGCAAGAAGAAGACCGGAGAACCUGGAAAGGGCGAAGGGAAAGGUCAAGCAGAGGCAUCGUCUCUGCAGACCUCCUCAUCUGAGGCUAUUCAGUACCCCAAAGCCAUGGAGGGUUCAGCUGAGGGCAGACAGGGCAAAGUAACACCAUCGUCUGCUUCAUUUGAGAAUGUUGCAAAGCCUGAAGAGCCAAAGAAAGUCGACUUCAAGGGCAAGGAAAAAGAAAGCUUACCAGCUCAUGACACUGCCAGUCUCCGUGAGGACACCGUAAACUUCUCAUCUCGAAUGGAAGACGAGAGGAGGAGAGCUCAUUCACUAGCUUGUGAACGGGUUCGUGAUAACACUGCGCCAGCUGAAGUGCAAGCCACUCGCAGCGAAGCAAUCACUCUCAUCCGCGAAUUCCUGGAGGCCUUGCUGCAAGAGAAACCUGAAUCCCCCAAAGAACCUUCUGAGGUCAGCAGAUCUUCUGACAACAUGGUAUACGAGACAGCAAGCAUUAUGGACUAUGUAGUGAAUAAGAAGAAUAAGAAGACGGGAAAGAACGCCGCUGCAGAAGAACAACUACUUGCCGAGCUUGCGAAGAAUGAGAAUAGCAGUGUUUCGCCUCCAGUCCUCCAGAAGGAGCAAGAUGGCUCUGUGAAACUGGUUUCUGGUGAUCCAGCAGCUUCCGUUUCCGAGGAGCAGAUUACCGAUGAACAGUUCUCCGGCAACAGAGUGGACAAAGGCAAGCAGCGUGCUGCGGUGGUAGACGCAGAUAUACUACUGGAGAGCAAGGCUGUGAACAAAGAUGCCAAACUGCCUGAAGUUGAUCCUUCCGCUGAAUACAAGGAGUCAGAUGCUACUGAAGAAGUCACCGAAGCCCUCAAAACCCUUGAGGUCACUGAGGUAAAGGAUCCCAAAACAUCCCAAUCAUCUUCUAAGCAGACGCCCUGCAGACGUUCGAAUUCCAAGAAGGAGCCCCUCUCACCCAUAAAAGAAGGCGAGGUCCAGGAAGUCAGUGCAUCAGAAUCACCCGCCAUUGGCGCUUCGACUCCCAAGUCCACCGGCACUACAUCCAUCUCUACCGGCUGGACACCUACUUCAAACCAAGCUACCCUGAUUACUGCAGACUCCGCACCUUCCACUGAACGCCGCGGUAAGUCUGCAAAGAAGUCUUCUGGCAAAGCCGCAAGUACCUCGACCACUCAACCGAUCAGCAACCACGCCCACCCUUCUCCUGUUACCAACUGCGACAUUCAACAGCCAUCUACACAGGGAGGCCGCUCCAUAACAAGCAAGAAACCAGACAACUUCUUCUGGCAGCUUGACAGUCAUGGUUUCCCUUGCUCCAAGCAAUUCUGUGAAAAGCGCUGCAAUCUCUGGGAUGGUGCAACUGUCAUCUGCCCUCGUUGUGGCCCCUACUCUGAAGUUAGAUACUGUAGCCGCAGGCAUCUGCUUGAAGAUGUCAAAGCCCACUGGCUCAUUUGCGGCGAGAUGUCCUUCCGUCACCCUUGCGUUGACUCAUCUAUUCCAUCGUCUGUGAGGGAUAGUCCACCUCUCAUCCCCAGCCAGCUUCCACACAACAGCCUCGAACGUCAUCGUCAGGCCGUGCACUUCAACAUGAACACUCGCGCCGGCGACUAUUUCAUCUUUUCUGACUGGGCCGACAUGAUCGCUGCGAAGUCCACCCCGGAUGAUAUUACACUGCGCUGCUCCAGUCGUAUCAUUCACACUGUGAAAUUCACUGAUCCUGAGGAGAAGGAUCGCUUCCGCCGUGUUUUGGCUGCUUGCCUAUUUGUGACCUUCGAAUCUUGCCCCUUGGUGGACUACCUCUUCCGCAUGAUCAGAGACAAGCUCCCACCAACCUCCGAAUCAGCUAGCGGCGCUGAGGUACUGACCUCUCUCGAGUCGUCGCUCAAGUACCAGGUGUUCCGCGAGUUCACCGUGCGCAUCCAGCCGCAUAUAACUGGAAAGCGCCACGCCUGCCCAUCCGACUGGACCGGGCGUAACCGACGCAACUGUCCCGACGAGGUGUGCCGGGCAGAGCGCAAGCGUCUGCUCGGAACCUUGGGCGGCAGCGGGCACGAAGCCCUCAUCCAACACCUUGAGGCAUCCUACUGGAUCCUCAGGGUGUCCCGGACUACUCACCCUACGGUGAGUAGUGCCAAAGAAAGGAUGAUGGGCAACGGCUUCGAGGACGUUGCGGAGGAGGACUGCAGGCAUUUCUGCAGAGGGGACGGCUGGGACGGGGCCGGCAGCGGGGACAUGGAGAUUGAGGAGGCCAACAAUUAA